AGGGGGCUCGUUGCUUUAGCUUUUGACCAACAUUCCACGUCUUCUUCCAGACGGCAACGAAGGAAGUUUUCGUAGUAAAUUCAUUGAAAUUUUACUUAAACUUAAUCUAAUUAUAUUAAAACAUGACGCAGGAAGCUGAGAACAAUGCACAAAUAGCUGGUAAUUGAUCGGUGACUUUAUUAUUCAGUAAUAUUUGAUUAAGCUAAAAUAAGGGAUAGAUAAAAAAUGAUGACUAAGAAGACACUGCUGGCGGUGGUGAUGAUGCUGGCAGGAAUGCUCUCCUGUGCGGCGGCUCACGGUUGGGGAUCGGACGAUAUGGAAGUUUUCGAUUUGGUCGAGGAGGUCAACGAGAACUUUUACUCGCUGAUGCAGAUCAAUCCGAACGCAACCAACCAGGAAAUUAAGCGAGCGUUCCGAACCCUAUCGGUGGUAUUGCAUCCGGACAAAAACGAUGCCGAGGAUGCGAAUAUCAAGUUCCGGAACCUGGUUUCGGUGUACGAGGUGCUGAAGGACUCCGGCAAGAGGGAGAAAUACGAUCGGGUGCUGAAGGAGGGACUGCCGAACUGGAAGUCGGCGCUGUAUUACUACCGGCGAAUGCGGAAGGUUGGGCUGGCGGAAGGAUUGGCCCUUCUGGUGGUCAUCAUCUCGGUAAUUCAGUAUGCUACGGCGUGGGCAGCGUACGCCGAGAAGAAAUAUACCGCGGAACAAAUCUUCGGUAGCAAACUUAAGAAGCUGCAGAAAAAGAAUAAAACUAAUGUAGACAUCGACACAAUACUGAGCGAGAUACCCACACCCAGCAUCUGGAACAUACUUCCGUUCCAGAUUCCGGUGUGGACCUACAAGACGGUGACUGGAACUCCAGGUGCAAUCAAGUCGGCGAUAAAUUUCUAUGCGGAGCAAAAGAAGGCCGAGGAGGAACGCAAGCAAUUGGAAAAGGAAGAGGAAGAGUUGCUACGCAAACAAGAGGAAGACAGAGCCAAACUGAAGGAGGAUCGCAACCUGCGCAAACGCAACAAGAAGUUCGUGGCACCGGAAAAGACCGACGAAGAGCUCGCUGCCUACACGCAAAGCAUCAUCAAGCCGUCCGCCAACAACACCAAAAAUGCCAAAGCCAAACCGGUGGUCAGCGGCGGUCUCUGGACCGAGGACGACCUCAUGGAGCUGGUUCGUUUGGUCAAAAAAUACCCCGGCGGUACGACCGAUCGGUGGGAAAUCAUUGCCGAACUGAUGGGACGGGCCGUCUCCGAGGUGACCUACAUGGCGGCCAAGAUGAAGGAGACCGCCUUCAAGGUGCCCGGCCAGGCGGAAAGCGUUGCGGAAACUAUCAUGCAGGAGGCCACCAAACAGAAGAUAAAAACCAAAAAGACUGAACCCGGCGGUGGACCCGCCGAAACAUCCGCCAACUGGUCGCAAGCGCAACAAGCUGCUCUGGAAUCAGCCAUUCAGCAAUAUCCCAAGAGUGGCUCUUCGGACCGGUGGCAGAAGAUUGCCAACAGUGUCCCGGGAAAAACCAAGGAAGAGUGCAUGACGCGGUACAAAUAUCUGGUGGAGCUCGUCAAGAAGCAAAAGGAGGAAAAAGUACGGGAGGCAGCUCCCGCCUUAUCCGAGGAACCGCAAGAAUGCCCAGCAACGGAGGAACCAACCGGCGAGGAGCGAAUAGAACAGCCCAAGCCAAAGGCAAAGGGCAAGAAGGCGAAAAAACAGGCUGAUGAUAACGACGCAGAGGUGGUCGACGACGAUGCAGUUGAAUCAUCGGCAGGGGCUGAUAAGCAGAAGGGAGGCAAGGCGAAAAACAAACGACGCGAGCGGAAGAAGGCUGUCGAGUACUACAGUUACGAAGAUUCGGGCGAGGACGCCGGUACCGAUCCGGGUGAGAUUUAGUUUGAGCGCGACCUACGUUUAGAUUAAACGAGUGUACGGAAAGUGAAAGCGAUGUCGGUCAGGAAAGGUGCGAUCUUGAAGUUCAAUAUUGGGACCUAUGGCGAGCGAAGAACAAGUGUGAGUUGAAAUAAAUUGACGUUUGAUUGCUCUCGGAA